AUGAUCCUAUCAAAUUAAGAGCAUAAUUUAUAUUUGUAGAUUAUGCAACAUUAAGCUAUACUACUUAUAGAUAUUAGUAAGCAUUACAAAAUUUAUUAUUCUUAGAAUAGAAUUAAUAUGCUAUGGAAGAAAAUAGCUCUGGAAACAUCUAAGGCAAUAAAUUUUAUUUCAAGAUUUGAUAAUACAGUAUUUUUCUUAGGAUAGCUGCAUAAACUAAAAGAUUUUAAUAACAAACUUAUGCAGGUGAAAAAUAUUAAACUUGCAAAAACAGUAGUUAUAAUACUUCUCAAAUUGUCGAUUUUACAAUAAUGA